AUGGAGGCUGGCCAGACCUCCUCGAAUCCCCCCGCUGGGAACUCCAGCGAUUUUGUACGCAAGUUGUACAAAAUGUUGGAGGAUCCCUCCUACGCGUCCAUAGUUCGCUGGGGUGAUGAAGGGGAUAGCUUCGUGGUUCUCGAGUGCGAGAAGUUCACCAAGACCAUCCUGCCCAAGCAUUUCAAGCAUAGCAACUUCGCCAGUUUCGUGCGCCAACUGAACAAAUACGAUUUCCACAAAGUCCGUCAAAAUAACGAGGAGAACGGCCAGUCGCCGUACGGACAGAAUGCCUGGGAAUUCAAACACCCCGAGUUCCGUGCAAACAGCAAGGAGUCCUUGGAUAACAUCCGCCGAAAGGCUCCUGCGCCUCGCAAACAGACCCAGAGCAACGACGAGUCUGUUCCCACCCAGCAGAUCGACUUGCUCAACCAGCAGAUUGUCGCGCAGCAACAGCAGAUCCAGCACCUCUCAGACCGCUAUGCGCAACUCACGGUGGACCACCAGCUCAUGUUACAGGAGAUGAUGAGGGUGCAAAAGACGGUGUUGAACCACGAGAAUGUGAUCCAGCAGAUGAUGCAACAUUUGCUCUCGACGGACGCACGCCAGCGGCGAGACAGCAAGGCUGCUGUUGCCUUCCAAGGUCCGGCCGGCUCGACCAUAAGCCCCUCCCAGGUUGUUCAAUCUCGGGGGGUGGAUCCCAACGAUCCUCAAAAGGCCGGGGUUGUGCCAGUAGCCACCCCUGCGAUGGAUCCGACUGCUCGGAAUGGGGCGGUGCGUCCGGCAACAACGGUACCUCCCAACCCAGCGCUGGUCUACCAGAAAAUGGGUGGCGAUUUGGAACAGGUGGUCUACCCCGUGGGUGCCACCAACGGCAUCGACCCCAUGUAUAGCGAACAUGUCAACAAUGUGCCGUACCCCAUGCCUACCAAGACAGAGGUCGAGACCCCUGACGCGCGCCGACAAUACCCGGACAAUCGGAAGAAGACCUCCAAUGUUGACCCCGGCUGGAUGCGUAGCCCGCAAAUCUUGUUGGUCGAAGACGAUGCUACCUGCCGACAGAUUGGCGGCAAAUUUUUAUACUCGUUCAAUUGUGUUAUUGACACAGCGUUUGAUGGCUUGGAAGCAGUGAACAAGAUUCAGGGUGGUUCCAAGUACGAUCUGAUCCUGAUGGAUAUCAUAAUGCCGAACUUGGACGGUGUGUCGGCCUGUCAUCUCAUCCGCCAAUUCGACCGAACUCCCAUCAUUGCCAUGACCUCCAAUAUUCGAAGUGACGAUAUCCAACUGUACUUCCAACACGGCAUGGAUGACGUUCUUCCGAAGCCGUUUACUCGCAAGAGUCUUCUCGACAUGCUCGAGAAGCAUCUGGUGCAUCUCAAGACCAUGCAGCAAGGCAUCGAGGCCCCGCCAUCCGCAGCCGCGGUCACCAUGGCCCAAACAUCAGCUAGCCAAUCGAUCAAGGAAGACAGCUCCCCCGGUCAGUCUCCGGCCGGGUCCAUGACCAACUGGCAAUCACCUGGUCAAUUUCAGGGCAUGCAGGCUGUUCCACCGACAAUGCCCGCGGUCCCGGGACAGUAUGUUCCAGCAACAGCCACGCCGGCCGCAUACGCCGUUGAUCAGAACGGCGUUCAAUUCCCAGCACCCGCCGUUGCCGUCCCUUCAACGGGAGGCCCAGCUCGCCCACCUCAUCGGCGGCAAAUGUCAGACAUGGCAGGUGCCGCGGAUAACCCGAACAUGGCCAAACGACAACGGAUGUAUCCCCAGCCACAACCUAUGAUGGCGGUCCAAGCUGGGCGGCCCGGCUAA